UCCUUCACACCUUCACCUUCACACUUACUACCGUCAUCAUGGAGUUCAUCACCUUUACCAUCUUGUUUUCUUUAUUUGUUGUGGUUUUGGCUUUCUUUUUAUUAGGUUCUGCCGCUAAAAGCGGCCGGAUAAACCUCCCGCUCCCUCCGGGCACCCUCGGUUGGCCGUAUAUCGGUGAAACCUUUGAACUCUAUUCUCAAAACCCAAACGUCUUCUUCACCUCUAAGGUUAAAAAGUACGGCUCAAUAUUCAAAACACACAUAUUAGGGUGUAGAUGUGUCAUGAUUUCUAGCCCUGCUGCUGCUAAGCUUGUGUUGGUUACCAAAUGUCAUCUUUUCAAGCCCACAUUUCCGGCUAGUAAAGAGAGGAUGAUCGGCAAACAAGCCAUUUUCUUUCACCAGGGUGACUACCAUUUCAAGCUAAGGCGUCUUGUUCUCCGAGCAUUUACGCCCGAAUCGAUUAAACACAUGGUUUCCGACAUCGAAUGCAUCGCGGUUGACGCGCUUCGCUCAUGGGAAAACCGGUUGAUCAACACUUUCCAAGAAAUGAAAAUCUUUACAUUUAAUGUGGCAUUACUUUCAAUUCUGGGCAAAGAAGAAGUGCUCAAUAGAGAAGAUCUCAAGAGAUGUUAUUACAUUCUCGAAAAAGGGUACAAUUCGAUGCCGAUUAAUCUUCCGGGUACUCUGUUUAACAAAUCGAUGAAAGCUCGGAAAGAACUAGCUCGGAUCUUGGCCAAAGUUCUGUCUGAUAGAAGAGAAAUGAAGAAAGAACAACAGAAUGACUUGUUGGCAUCUUUUAUGGAGGACAAAGAAGGCCUCACCGACGAACAGAUCGCCGAUAACAUCAUCGGCGUCAUCUUCGCUGCCCGCGACACCACCGCCAGUGUCUUGACUUGGAUCAUCAAAUACCUCGCUGAAAAUCCCGCCGUUUUACAAUCAGUCACCGAGGAGCAAGAGGCAAUAAAGACUUUGAGUUGGGCAGAUACCAAGAAGAUGCCUGUUACUUCCAGAGUCAUUCAAGAAACACUCAGAGUUGCUUCAAUCUUAUCUUUUACAUUCAGAGAAGCAGUUCAAGAUGUUGAAUUUGAAGGGUAUCUUAUUCCAAAGGGAUGGAAAGUGUUGCCACUGUUCAGAAACAUUCACCACAGUGCAGAUAAUUUCCCUGAUCCAGAGAAGUUUGAUCCUUCAAGAUUCCAGGUGGCACCAAAAGCCAAUACAUUUAUGCCAUUUGGCAGUGGGAUCCACUCAUGUCCAGGGAAUGAACUAGCCAAGCUGGAGAUAUUAGUGCUCUUACAUCACUUGACCACAAAGUAUAGGUGGUCGGUGGUAGGCCCACAGACUGAGAUUCAGUAUGCUCCAUUUGCUCUUCCCCAAAAUGGUUUGCCCAUCAAGCUCUCUCUCAAAUAAUGCCCAUGAAGAAAGUCAACAAACUAUAGUUUGACUUUUGGCUGUAUGGUCAGAGUACAGAAAGAAACCAACCUAUGAAGAGACAGAAUUGUUGUGCAUUUCCAAGGCAUGAUAAAAACAAAAGGAGAUCAAAUUGUAUAUAGGAAAAAAGUUUCCUUAAUCCACAAGUUAGAAAAAUAUACAUAUAUUUGUGGUUGUUUCUUGUGAGAAAUAAGAAAAAUAGGGGGUCUUAGGUAAUAUUUAUUGAGGGUGAUGAGGUUUGAGCUUUAA